CGCCUCGCCACUGUCCACGAUCUCGCGAGACUUGGCCCAGAACAUUGCGGAUCGGGUCGGCGCCAUUUUGGGACUGAGACUGGUUGUGGGGGAGGGAAAAGCGGCAAAAGGGGAUUAUUCAAAGUACCGAAAACCUUCUCCCGGGAUCAGGCGCGUCGACACCCCCAGGCCAGGGGCACCUCUGGUGGGGCAGAAGGUAACAGUGUCCUCUAGGCUCCACGCUCGAGUCCGGGGGAGAAGGGGAGUGCCCGUGUCCGUGUUGGGGUUUGAGGGGUCGGGAGCGGCGUUGGCGGCGCGAGGUGAAUGAAUUACUCAGAUAUGAAGAUCAUCUUCUAGGUUUUGUGUAGAAGGCCCCGGAUAUUUUAAGUGGCCAUUUUGGAUUUACAAUGUUUUUGGAUAAUUUUGCCCCAGAAGUUUAUUAAAAUUGGCAAGAAUCGUCUAUGAAGUGAAUUGAUAGUAGUGAACAAUUCAGCAAGCUACUUAAAAAGAGACCCAGGCAGCAUUUCUUCAGUAUUUUGGUUCAAACGGAUUAUAUAACUGGUUACAGUAUUUCAGCUGGUGGUAAUUUUUGCCUUCCCCCUCCCCCACCCCGUUGUUGGGGUUCUUCAGCCGAAACUGAGUGACGUUGAUUUGUGUACUGAGUAGUUUCAGCAGUUUCAAAUGACUGAGUAGUGCUGAAGGUUCAUGGCAGUUUAUUUUUACCUUUAUUGAAAGUUUUAGGAAUUUUUGACUUCAGCUCUUUCAUGUUACAAUGGGACACUUUUUCUAAAUGAAGACAUUGAAAGAAUACCGAAUUUUUUUCCUUUUAUCUUUUAUUUACGUAGAAAUUUAAGAUGUUGCAGUUUCCCGGCAGCAUGGUAGUGUUGAGAUAGCUAUGUGUGUCUCUGUAUAUGCUGAUAUUUAGGAAUGCUCUUCAGAUGUGAAAUUUUCUUUUUGCUUUUGCUUUUUGGCUCGUAAAUUGGAUAUUUCAUCUGGAGUGGACAAGUACAACAGUGGCAAGUACAUGGAAUAAUAAAGAAGACUUUGAUCUUAAAUCUAAAGAACUUGGCUAAUUCGGGAGAUAGCCAUAUGAAAACUUUAAAACAGAAGUAUGGGUAGCUGACUUGAAGUAACUCUAUGUCAAAUAGUCAUAGGUUAAGUAUCUUCAAAGAACUUCGAUAUUAUUUCAGAGGAUACAAAAUAAAAAUACAAACUGGAAAACAAAGAUUACAAAGAAAAAACCAACACCUUCCUGUGCAGUCCUGUUGGAAUUUGGACUUGCCAUGAGGUGUUGAAGCCUUGUUUCACUGAGUUGGAGAGACUGGACCUAAAUGGCGCAGCAUGACUUUGCUCCAGCCUGGCUUAAUUUCCCUACUCCACCAUCAUCAACAAAGUCGUCAUUGAAUUUUGAGAAGCAUUCUGAAAACUUUGCAUGGACAGAGAAUCGUUAUGAUGUGAAUCGUCGACGACACAACUCUUCAGAUGGCUUUGAUUCUGCUAUUGGACGUCCUAAUGGAGGUAACUUUGGAAGGAAAGAAAAAAAUGGAUGGCGUACACAUGGAAGAAAUGGUACAGAAAACAUAAAUCAUCGAGGUGGAUACCAUGGUGGAAGUUCCCGUUCUCGUAGCAGUAUUUUCCAUUCUGGAAAAAGCCAAGGACUACAUGAAAACAACAUACCUGACAAUGAAACCGGGAGGAAAGAGGACAAGAGAGAACGUAAACAGUUUGAAGCUGAGGAUUUUCCAUCUUUGAAUCCUGAAUAUGAGAGAGAACCAAACCACAAUAAAUCUUUAGCUGCAGGUGUGUGGGGCCUACACGCCCAGACACACACAUACCCAACCAAAAAAAUCUCCCAAGCUCCUCUCUUAGAAUAUCCUCCGAAUCCUAAAUCUAGAGCCCCAAGGAUGCUGGUCAUUAAGAAAGGUAAUACAAAAGACUUACAGCUAUCUGGAUUCCCAGUAGUAGGAAAUCUUCCGUCGCAGCCAGUUAAGAAUGGAACUGGUCCAAGUGUUUAUAAAGGUUUAGUCCCUAAACCUGCUGCUCCACCUACAAAACCUACACAAUGGAAAAGCCAAACAAAAGAAAAUAAAGUUGGAACUUCUUUCCCUCAUGAGUCCACAUAUGGUGUUGGCAACUUUAAUGCUUUUAAAUCAACUGCCAAGAAUUUUAGUCCAUCAACAAAUUCAGUGAAAGAGUGUAAUCGCUCAAAUUCCUCUUCUCCUGUUGACAAACUUAAUCAGCAGCCUCGUCUAACCAAACUGACACGAAUGCGCACUGAUAAGAAGAGUGAAUUUUUGAAAGCAUUGAAAAGAGACAGAGUAGAAGAGGAACAUGAAGAUGAAAGCCGUGCUGGCUCAGAGAAGGAUGACGACUCAUUUAAUUUACAUAACAGCAAUAGUACUCACCAAGAAAGGGAUAUAAACCGAAACUUCGAUGAAAAUGAAAUUCCUCAAGAGAAUGGCAAUGCCUCGGUGAUUUCCCAGCAGAUCAUUCGGUCUUCAACCUUCCCACAAACUGAUGUUCUUUCAAGUUCACUUGAGGCAGAACACAGAUUGUUAAAGGAAAUGGGCUGGCAGGAAGACAGUGAAAAUGAUGAAACUUGUGCUCCCUUAACUGAGGAUGAAAUGAGAGAAUUCCAAGUUAUUAGUGAACAGUUACAGAAGAAUGGUCUGAGAAAAAAUGGUAUUUUGAAAAACGGCCUGAUCUGUGACUUCAAGUUUGGACCUUGGAAGAACAGCACUUUCAAACCCACAACUGAGAAUGAUGACACAGAAACAAGUAGCAGUGACACAUCAGAUGACGACGAUGUGUGAAGGAUUUCCUAACAGCUUUAGAAAUCUUAGUGUGAUACAUCUCUCAUACAGUUUGGGGUGAAUUGUAAAAAUGAAGAACUAUAAUUUAUGUAGUGAAAUACCCCAUUUAGAAGAGGAUUUUUUGGGGGACUUCAAUACGAAGAAAACCAAGAAUGUUUUGUUGGGCUGUGUCGAACAUUAUUUCUUUGUAAAUGAAUGUUGUAGGAAUGAGGACUUGGGUUGGUCCAACAUUGACUUUCUUCAUCACUGCAACAUUUCUCUGACUAGCAAUGUGACGAUGUAACAAAUGAGAUUUUCUCAUUUAAUAAUAAAAAAUUGUGUAAUGUUUUGCAAAGCUUCUGUCUUAAAAUGUCCAGGUCUUAAGAAAAAAGGCAGCUUACACUGUUUUGCUUGCAGAGUCAUAUCUUUUUCGUACAAUGGAAAUCCUUAAGUCCACUUUGUGCGGUCCCCCUCUCCUCCCCCAAAAAAACAAACAAAAAAACCAAAAAGGAAAAUGUAGCAUGUUGGCUAAAACUGGAGCAAAGUGCACUAAAACAAUUUCCUGAACUCAGCUGUUGUACUGUUCACCUUUUAAAACAUAAAUUGCUCUUUAGCCAUUUGUAGUGCAGUAAAUGUUACAGGAAAAGACUUGCCACAUUUUCUUCCAAAUUUUAAGAGGUGAUUUUCAAAAGCUUUAUUGGGGUAUGUUGUCAGACCAGGGUUUUCAGAGUUGAUGGAAAAGAGUCUUGUGGGAAAACUUAUUUUGAUAAAUUAUUACACACGCAGAAAAACUGAUCACACUGACUGGAUCUGUCCACAACAUGGAAAAUAAACUGGAUUUUCAGAAUA